GAUAUCGUAGAACAGAGGUAGUUGCAAACCACUCUUCCUAAACAUGAAAAUCACAAUCCUAUUUGUCUGUGUUUUGACAAUUUUGACUUUCUCUUACUGUACCGAACUACCACCUAGUUUCGAAAAAUGCAACAUAAAGCAGUCGGAUUUUAAAAAGUGCUUGAGCGACGCCAUCCAGGACGCCAUCGAGCAAUUGGAAGACCCAAUUCCUAAACUGGGGUUACCCAGCAUAGAUCCAUUUAGGCUGGAAACUCUGAAGUUGGAGAUAGGGAAUGCCUCUGAGGGUUUGCAUCAGAUAUGGAGCAAUGUAACAAUUCAAGGCUUGAGUAAACCUGCUGCUACAGAUGCAAGGUGGACUUCUGGGUCUGUCAUCACCUUAAAACUUGAAGUUAGCUACGAUAGGGUAUUUUUCACCGCCAACUAUGAAGCCAACGGCGCAGUUCUUCUUCUCCCGAUUGACGCGAUUUCGCCAUUUACUUGCGACUUCGUGAAAGGCGGAAAAAUUAUAGUAACAUACAAAAUCGAAAAACCUAAAAAAAGUAACGGAUAUUUUAAACUGAUUAGUACUAAGGUUCUACUUGAACCCAAGAAGGUCAAAUUUACUUUUAAUAAGUUCUUCGAUAAUCAAAGUCUAACGACUGCAUUAAACGCGGAAAUCAAUAAAAAUUGGGAGGCAAGCUGGAGUUUUGUUCAUGGGUUUUUGGGUGUUUAUGACCCAUUUUUUGAUGCUUUGCUUAGAAGUAUUUUGGAAAAAGUUCCAGCUGGUCAAAUUAUCAAUGGUCUGGACUAGAACCGUAUAUUGCUCCCAACUACGGUAUUUUAAAUAGGUAUAUGUUAAAAAUGCACGAAUUGUGAAAUAAUCUACAAACCAUGAAUAAAAAAUAAAUAAAAAAAUAUAGAGUAGACAAA